AAAAUAAUACUACUUCACUGCUUCACUUUACUGCACAAAACUACUCUCCCCGGCUGUCCAAUCCACGACCGUUCACCGUUCUCUCCCUUCAUUCUCUCCUCCUCGGAUACAAAUUUGCCCACAGAAUUUCCCCAUCAAAUCCAAGUUCGAAAAACCUCAAACCUGAAAUAAGAUUUGCAGCACACUGUACUGAUCACUUUAUUUUACUAAUAUCUUCAAAAACUCAUCGAUUUAUUGACCGAUACGUGUCCUUUAUCCCUCGAUCCGCCAAACCCUCACUAAAAUCCAUGCCCUUCUCCUCUCUUUCAUUUCUCUACUAACCCAUUUCGCCAUCAUCUAUCCACUUUCUCCAUCUUUUUCAGCUUUUUUUGAUCCAUUUUUCUUCUAUAAUUAUGGAUAUGGAGUCAGUGAAGAAUUAAGAAGAAGCUGGUGAGAAAAUAUGACGUGAUUCUUGAUUCAAUUGAAUGGAAUCUGUUUCAUUAACUCCUUCAAUCAGUAUAUCACUGUUUUCAUCAACUUGGUAUUUGAUAUUUUUAAGUUAAAUGUUCCAUACUUUUUUUCAUAGAUAAAGCUCAGUUUUUUUUGUUAAUUUUUAGUCAAGAAUCGAGAUUUAUAGUAUUGAUUUGAUUAUAAAGAACUUUAAAGGAAGAAUCUUUUUAUAGAUUUGAUUAGUGGGUAGUGAUUAAAAAAGUGGAUAAGAUGAGUUUAGGUGCAGCUGAAAAAGAUUCAGCAUCAGAAAUUCAUAUACCAGCAGAAAUAGAUUGGCAUAUGCUAGAUAAAUCCAAAUUUUUCUUUCUUGGAGCGGCUUUAUUUUCAGGUGUUUCAGCAGCUCUUUACCCUGUUGUUGUUUUAAAAACUAAGCAACAAGUUUCACCAAUUCAAAUCCCUUCCCUAAAAUUGUCAUAUUCUAUACUGAGUCAUGAAGGUAUCAGAGGUUUUUACAGAGGUUUUGGUACUUCUUUAAUGGGAACUAUCCCAGCUAGAGCUCUUUACAUGACAGCACUUGAGGUUACUAAAACUAGUGUCGGAACAGCCACUGUUAGGUUAGGGUUUUCAGACACUACUGCCACAGCUAUUGCUAAUGCUGCUGCUGGUUUAAGCUCUGCUAUGGCUGCACAGCUAGUUUGGACCCCUAUUGAUGUUGUGAGCCAAAGACUCAUGGUUCAGGGUUCGGAUUCGAAUAGGUAUCGAAAUGGUAUCGACGCGUUUAGGAAGAUUUUGUAUGCAGAUGGAGCGAGAGGAUUGUAUAGAGGAUUUGGGAUUUCUAUUCUGACUUAUGCACCUUCGAAUGCAGUUUGGUGGGCUUCUUACUCUGUUGCUCAUAGGUUUGUUUGGGGUGGGAUUACUUGCUACACAAGUAAAAAGAAUGAGAGUUGUUGUGUUAGUGGGUAUAAGCCUGAUUCGAAGACUAUGGUGGCGGUUCAGGGGCUAUGUGCAGCUCUAGCAAGCGGUGUUUCGGCUGUCAUUACGACACCGUUCGACACGGUGAAGACACGAAUGCAGGUUUUGGAUAGUGAACAAAAUGGGAGGAGACAACCCUUGACAGUUCUCCAAACAGUAAAGAAUUUAGUUAAGGACGGCGGAUUUGGUGCUUGUUACAGAGGGUUAGGGCCUCGGUGGGUUUCAAUGUCCAUGUCUGCUACAACUAUGAUCACUACUUAUGAAUUUUUGAAACGGUUAUCUACAAAGAGUAGUUAGAAAUUUAGCUAAAUGAUUCAAGAAAGCUUUUUCUCUAAUGGCUUGCUUGCUAUUUUGCUACAUAACGCGGUAAUGUUGAGACGAGAAAUGCUGAAACUGAAAUUGUUAAAACGGGAAACGCCUAUUUUUGUUACGACGAGAAGUGUUAUAAAUACAGUGCUUGAGAGUUUCGGAAGCAUUUCUGUUUCUGAAAAUAUAGGAUUCGACGAGUUUCUAUGCAACAUAGCUAUUUUAGUUAAAUGUAAAUUUUAUUUUCCUUGUCUGAUUGAAAAUGAUUGUACCGUUGUAUAGUAAAAUAACAGACUUUCUCCA